AUGGCUAUAAUUGAAAGCACAACCGUGUAUUUGGUUGUCGCGACAUUCCUUAUCGGCUAUUAUACUUAUAAAUGGAUAAUUUAUCCAUUAUAUUUAUCUCCUUUAUCUAAAAUUCCUGGUCCUCGUCCUGACCAUUUUCUGUUGGGAAGUUUCUUGGAAAUUAUUAAACCUACGGGUGGGGUUCAUUGGGCAGAAAAAUAUGGCAAUGUAUAUAGGUGUUAUGGAUUAUUCAAUGAACCAAGGGUUUAUAUUCUUGAUGAAAAAAAUAUUCAAAAAGUACUUGUUAAUGGUGCAUAUACUAAAUUUGGUAGAAGAAAGAAAUUUGUAGAAUAUUUAAAGAAGAUUGUUGGAGAUGGUAUUUUGUUGGUAGAUGGUGAUGUACACAAGAAACAACGUAGAUUAAUGAGUCCAUUGUUCGGUAAUCAUAGUAUUAGGGAUAUGAUUCCAGCAUUUACAAGGGUUUCUAAUACAUUGAAAGAUCUAUGGAAAGAUGAAAUAAAGAAUAGUCAAAAUGUUAAUAAUGACAUUGAUAAAAAAUGUGCAAUAAUUGAUGUUGGUCAUUAUAUGGGAAGAGCAUCUUUGGAUGUUAUUGGCAUAGUUGGGUUUGAUUCUGAAAUAAAUUCUUUGAUAAAAUCAUCAAGUCUUGCUGACUCACUAAGCACUCUUUUUGAUCACAAAUAUGGGUCUGCAUUUAAUUUAUUAUCACUUUCUUUACCCAUAUUGAGAUCGCUGCCAUUAAAAAUAAAUCAUGAUACCCAAAAUGCUUCAAUUGAAAUUGAAAAAAUUACAAGGAAAUUGGUUCAAGAUAAAUUUGAUAAAUUGAAAAAAGGUAAAUUGGAUAGCAAUGAUUUGAUAAGUGUUUUGGUGAAAGCUA